AUGUCAGACUUGCUAACGGUUACGGAGCCACUCAUCGAUCCCGACAUAUCUAAUCUUGAGACCGCCGUGGGUGAAGUUUUACAUGCAAAUGAAUUAAUUCUUCUUCGCUCAGUCGCGGGUUCAGCUCGUUGCAUUUAUAAUAACCUAAAGAAGAUGAACUCGCACGAUGAAGUGUACCAAAACAUUAAUCUUGACCCAACUCCGCAUAUUGUUCACGGCCCAUAUAUCAACAACAAAUUGUCUCAUAUGACGGCCAUACAAUGCGGAGAGGCGUACUUGGAGAAGCUGAUCGUAGUUGGCAAUACAGAAGGCAAAAGAUCAAGUAGCUCAGAAAAGAUCAGUCUAAAGCUGUUUGAUAGCCCACUCCAGAUGUUUUUUUGCUGA